AUGUCCGAAAAAUUUGCAAACAUGCGAAAAGAAUUUUAUAACGCAAAUGUGCAGAAAUUCUUGAAGAAAUAUAACAUUAAUCAUUAUUCUACCUAUUCCAUGAAGGUGUCGGUGAUCGAACGAUUUUAUGCGUACAUUGAAGAACGACACGGAAGCAAUUUAUGCUCAACGGAAACUAUAAAUGGAUCGAUUUGUUGCCGCGUCUCGUGUCAGAGUACAACGCACGAAAACAUCGAACUAUCAAUAUGCGACCCAUUUACUCCUGCGAUCGCUGACAAGUUCUUAACCACUGUAUAUAGUCGCGUAAAUAUUGCUGCUCCUGCGCGAUUCAAAGUGGGCGACUCGAUACGCGUUAGUAAAUUCAAGACAACUUUUGAGAAAGAUUACACAUCAAAUUGGACUACGGAGAUAUUUAAAAUCAUCAAAGUGCCGAAAACUAAUCCCGUGACGUAUUUACUGGAAAAUUAUAAGGGAAAACCUGUUGCCGGAGGAUUUUACGAGUACGAGUUGCAUCGCCACUAA